ACACAAAUGUAUAAACAGUCUGUUCCGACGCGAGUAACCGUUCGCAUAAUGUUACAUCUACGCGAGUUCGUGCCACGCGUACACAAGUGACUUGAUAUGAUAUUUCUCUGAUUGUUUCUGUAUCAUGAUAUUAAAAUGUCAACAUACUGUCGUAUUACUGGCAAGAGCCGUGGCUUACCAAAACCGAAUUAUUUCCCAUUGCUACCACCAAUCUCACCAGCAGAUGCAAAGCGUUUUUGUCGCAUAACUGGAAAGUCAUAUGGGCUGCCUGCGCAUCAUUACAUACCAGUGUUAGUUGGACGAAAAAAAACAAAAUCUGAUCCUAAACAUGUAGUGAUAAAUGGAUAUCGGUAUGUAUUUCCAAUAAUAGAUGGAUGUUCAGAGUUAUCUGAUGUAUUGAAAACGAAGUGUACAGAUGAUCGUAGAUAUGUGUACGCGGUGGAUAAGCGUAGAUGUAGUCUCGUAUUUCCAACGAGUUUAGAAAAUGCAGUUAGAGAUGGAGACGUCAAAGAUGUCAUGAUGUCAGAAACCAAUGACACAGUUCUUCUUAGACUGCGUAAAGGUAAAACCGUUGAGUUAGAAAUCAAAGAAAUGGAAGUAGCUGGAGUUACAUUGAUGGAAGGCGAAGGGUUUCGGAACAGGCCCAAACAGAAAAAAACUAUAAAGGACGAUUGGAGAAGGAAAAUAUUUGAAGACAAGGAAAAGGAAAGUGACGCUGAACUAGAACAGGAAGAACUCAAAUCAAAACGGAUAAAAUUUUCAGCAGGUCAAGGAAAACAAAUUGAAUCUAUUGAAUCUACGCCAAAAAUCAUGAAUACAAAAUCAUUAACUAUUUCAAAAAUAAAAAAUAUUGUCAAACCAAUCACGAAAAAUAUAAUACUCGGGGAAAAUAAUAAUAAUUUAAAACUUCAAACCGAUAUAUUACCCACUCCAAUCUCAAUUGAACCAAACGUCAUAGAUCUCGGUUCUGCAUUUCCUGGUGUAAUACAUCAGACUUUUCUUAAUGAAACUAUUCUUACUAAUUUACCUAUCGUUCCGGUAAUAUCACCAAUAAAACCUUUGAUAAAUAACUUCAAUAAACAACUUAUUAUUUUGCCUGAUAUCGACGCAUGCGCAAUUGAAGAAAUAUUAAUCGAAGAUAAUAUUAAUAAAUUAUUAACAAUUAAUGAAAUUAAUUUACUAAUUGAAAAUAUUCAAUUGGGUACUCAAAAAAUAAUUCCUACCAGUCAAGGUACAACCAAAAUAUUUAAAUUAGAUAUUAACAAUUCUGAGAAGUAUGUGCCAGGACAAUAUGUAAAAACUGAAGAUGGUGAAAAAUUUGUACCUGGUAAAAUUAUUGACACAGCUAAUGGUAAGCUAUUUGUGCAUGGUGUUAUGGUCCAAACAUCAGAAGGACCAAAAUUCCUUCCUGGACAAAUUAUCGAAGAUUCUGGAAAAUCUGUAUUCGUUGUUGGUCAAAAUAUUGUAACAAGAGAAGGCGAAUCAUUUGUUCCAGGACAAACGAUUACAAUAGAAGGGGAGAAAAGAUUUGUGCCUGGACAAACAGUUAUUACUCCUGAAGGUAUUGGUUUUGUGGCUGGACAAGUAGUCAACAAUGGUGACGAAUCACAUUUUAUCCCUGGGCAGACCGUAAUGACUAUUCAUGGGCCACAAUUUAUACCAGGACAGUUUUGGAAUGAUGGAAACGUCGAAUUUACUCCUGGACAAAGUGUUUUAAAAAAUAAUGGCGAUUGGGAAUUUGUUCCCGGUGUUUGUGUUGGAUCUUCUUUCAUACCAGGAUUAACAGUUAUCGAAGAAGACAAAAAAGAAUUCAUUCCAGGAAGAAUAGUAGAAACUAAUAAUGAUACUACUUUUAUACCCGGUUUAACAACUUUAGAUAACAAUGGAAAUACAAAAUUUGUUCCUGGAAUAAGUAUUGAAACAGAAAAUGGAAUAAAAUUUGUAUCUGGAAAUAUUUUAUCAGACAAUAAUGGAAAUAAACAGUUUAUUUUGGGACACAUAACAAAUUCAGAAAAUGGUGAGAUUAAUUUUACAGAAGCUAAGUCGUUACAGGAAGUUAUUUGUUCUGAUGAAGUACAAUCUGGAAUUUUAACAAAUGAUUCAUUUUAUCCAAAAGGUGAGAAAUCUGAUGAAGUUUUUGGACAGAUGGUACAAACCGCGUAUGGGGUUGAAUUUUAUCCGGGUGAUCAAGUGGGUUUACCUGCUGGAAAAAUAGUUCCAGGAAAAUUAAUACGAAACAAUGGUAUUAGAUUCGUUCCAGGUGUUGUAGUCGAUGACAAGUUUAUACCAGGACAAAUUGUGGUAACAGAUAGAGGAGAGCAGUUUGUACCGGGACAAGUGAUUGAAACUCAAACGGGUCCCAAAUUUGUGCCAGGACAAGUUGUAGAAACAGAAACUGGUACGAAAUUUGUACCUGGGCAGACUAUUGAAACCAAAGAUGGAAUAAAAUUUGUACCUGGUCAGAUAGUAGAAACAAAAGCGGGUCCAACAUUUAUACCGGGUCAAAUAAUAUUUACAGAAGAAGAAGGAUCUAGAUUUGUACCGGGUCAAGUUGUCGAUACAAUAGAGGGACCAAGAUUUGUACCAGGAAGAGUUAUAGAAACUGGAGAUUGUGUAACUUUUGUACCUGGCCAAGUAGUUGAAACAACAGAAGGUUUGAAAUUUAUUGCCCCAGAUCUUCAAGAUGCAGAUGAUGGUGGUUGUGAGUUCAGUGUCCAGGGAUUUGAAGUGUCACCAGAGGAACUACAAGUUAUUCAACCCAGUUUUCCUCAAACUUCGUAUUAUACACAAAAUGGUAAAAUGGCUCUUGAUUCAAAAAUGUUGGAACAAUUAUCAUUUGCAGGAAUGAGUAUAGGAAGACAAGUACCUGCAGAACUUCCAGAAGUUGAUGUAAGCACACUUCCUUCAAUGGAAGUGGCAUAUGACGUUGCAGAAAAACUGGAACUUAAUAAUGACAAUACAAUUAAAUUGGCACAUAUAAUAAAUCGAUUAUGUAAGCUAGAUUUAAAAAAUACUUAUUAUGGAUCACCAUUAGUACAAAACUUAAUAAACAAGUUGCCACAAAUCAAAUCAAACGAGAAUGUAGCUGAAGUCAUUGAAAAUAUACUCAAAACUACUAAAUCAAGUCCUAUAACAGCAUUAAAUGAAAUAUAUGUAGUUAUAUUUGAUGAUGGGUUUGUAACGGAUUUAAAAAACCCAAAUAAAGUCAAUAUUUUGAAGGGAAUAAUGAACAGUUCUGAACUUGAAUCUAAAUAUAUUGCUGAAGCAUUCAGUGAAAUUCUGAAUGAUUCAGAAGACUCUAAAUUACGUUCAGCAUUUGAACAUAUAGCAGAAGAAAAUAUAGAAUUAUUAAAAGAAGUGAAAUUAAAAAUUGACAUGCAAAAAGUAAAUAGUGAAAAAGAAGCGAUUGAAGCAUUACAGUGGGCAAUUGUUAGUGUCAUUAAUAAAACAAGUGAAAUAACUGUUAAUCAAAUGCUAAAAGACAAUAAGAGUGAACAAUUCAAUCGUUUGUUAUCGGAUGCAGUUGGUCUUGCUAAAGCAUUAGGACUGAAAGAAGUAGUUUCAGUACUUAUGGAUGUUCUAGAUGAUCGAAGAUCAGCUGAUAUAUUAGCAUCAGAUAAAAUAACAAUAGAGAUACUAAGACGAUUGACUGUAAUGAGGAAACUUGCUGAAAGACGUCCAGAAUUUAGUGAAACCUUAAGCGGGAUGUCAGCCAACCCUAUUGAAGCUAGAUUGGAUCCCAAAUUACGUGAACUAGUCAGAGAGAGUGGAGUUUUAUUACUUCCUCCCGAAACAAACGUUGAAACAUCUUUUGAUGUCCCUGCUGAAUUAUUCAGUCCAGGGAAUAGCUUAGCAAUGGAAGAUUUUAUGGUGAAAUCAAGAAAAAUGGGAAUUUUACUAAUAAUUAAAAAUGGUCUUCAAGCUGUAGUACCACGAGAAGCAGCCAGAUCAGUUUUAACAGGGCAGGUUCCAUACACUGUUCUAGACGAAAGAGGCAUACACAGAUUUGAACCAAUGAAUGUACUAGAUGCCUUAAAAAUUCGAGCAUAUAGUUCAGGAAGAUAUUCUAUGUAUAAUUGUGCUGUACAAAAAACGCUGACGGAAGAUGAGGGAACUAUUACUCGUGGUAGUUCAAUUAGUUUGGACGAUAGACAAUUAACAAUUGGAGAGGGCGGUGGAGAUGAAUAUGAAGUUCUACAAGAUUAUGAAACAGAACCAGUUGAUGGUGCUGACGAGGAAGAUGAUUUGAUUUUGGAACCGGGUGACAGAGUUGUUGUAUUAAAACAAUCCAAAGAUGACCCAUCGAUGGGCGCCGAGGUAAAACGAAAUUUAUUGUUGGACAAUGCAGCGGCCAAACAUAAAAUGUCAGUACGACCAAAUAAAGUACAUCCAACCAAACACAAAUCCUUGGAUACAGACGGGUCAUUGGUUCAAAGUCUAGAUGAGCCAACUAAAAUGGGAUAUGUACCAAAUAAAAUUCUUAAAAAAAUACCGGCUCCUGUUAGAGCGACUGCUGUGGUUCCAGCAGAAGGACAGACGUUAUCAAAAAAAGAUGCAAAAUUCAAUAGAGAUGUGGUACUCGCAGAAUUGGUAGAAACUGAAGAAGAAUUUGGUCAAGAUAUACAAGAAGUAGUAGAAAGAUAUUUAAAUCCUUUAGAGUUUAAUGAUGCACCAAGAAUAGUCAGGGAUAAUAAAGAUCUUAUAUUCAACAAUUUAAAACAAAUAUCACAAUUUCAUAACACAGUUCUUAUUGCUGGAUUAAAAUAUGCAGCUAGUGAACCAAAAACUAUGGGCAGAACAUUUCUUCGUUUAGAAAGAGAUUUUGAUAAGCAUGUCAAUUAUUGUCAGACAGAACCAGAAGCACAAGAAUUUUUGGAACGCAAUUAUGAAGUAAACGAGUAUUUUGAGGAUGAGCGAUUGAAAUUUGGAGACGAUAAAGCUCUUUCGGAACACUUGAAAUUGCCGAUACAACGAAUUAACGAUUAUCAAUUACUACUCAAGGAACUAGUGAAAUAUUCAUUACUCAUAGGAGAAGAUACUACUGACUUAGAAAGAGCUCUGGAAUUGAUGCUAUCAAUUCCACACCGAUUUACCGACACGAAAUUUUUAACUAAUAUAGAAGGAUUUCAUGGCACUAUACAUAAACUGGGCCGAUUAUUAAAACACGGAUGGUACUACGUACAAGACGCCGAAGAUCCUAAAGGGCAUCAGCGCUAUUGCUUUUUAUUCAAAUCUAGAAUCCUUGUCUGUAAAGUUCGUCGAAUAUCUGAAGAUAAAUCUGUCUUUGUACUGAAGGAUAUAAUUAGAUUACCUGAAGUUACUGUAAAAGCAGCUCCAGACAACAAGCGUGUAUGGAUACUUCAUCAUAGACUAGGAGAUGUUGGAAAUUAUCCUUUCACCUUUAGGGCUAAUGAAGAUUUAAGUCGGGAUCAGUGGAUUACAGAAAUUGAAGAACAUAGAAACGAUUUACUGACAAAUGUUGAACAUAACAGUGACGAUAUUAAAGUACAAAAACAAAAGGAUGAAGAUUUAUUUGAACCACUUAAAGGAAUCGAAUUAGAUAUUUCUUCAGAGAUUGAAGAAGGUUUAGAUCCCAUUGAAAGACGAUUAGCACCGAAACCGUUGAAACACGUUGAAGAGCCAAAACGUCCACCACUUACACUUCCACCUAAAGAACCAAUAUUUGAAUGCACAUCACCACCUGAACCUAAGAAACGACCAGAACCUGAGAAAGUUGAAGAACCCCCUGUGAUUGAAAUGCCUGUUCCACAUCAAGAGGUUAUUGUAGAAAAGGAAAUAAUAGAGGAAGUGCCUAUUCCACAAGUAGAACCAGUUCCAACGGAACCUCCUCCGCCCGAAAGAUCUCCUUCACCAGCGGAAGAAGAAAUUGAAUCCGAACCAUUGAAAUAUAUAGAAGGUGUUUCAAAACCAUACUUUCAUGUCAAUAUUAAAGGAACUAGUCGUGGAGGUGUUAUUGAAGAGUGUAAUGAAUGGUGGGACACUAAGGGUGAAUUUAAAUCAGGAAGAUCAAUGAAUAAUGAAUCUUCUCUCGCAGUCGGAGAAAAUGCAACAUUUGAAUGUGAAAUUGAGGGUGCUACGAAAGUCACAUGGUUGAAAAAUAACAUGCCAUUACCAAAUACUAUUACUAACCGAACUACCAUAACAGAAGAUAAAGAAAACAAUUUGUAUAAAUUACAAUUAAAUAAAGUAAUAAUGUCAGAUUCGGGAACUUACACAGUUAAAGCUGAAAAUGAUUUAGGAGAAUCUACAAGUACAGCACUCCUAUUUGUUGAAAAUCUUUCAGCAGAUGAAAAGAAAGCAAGGGCAAAAGCAAACGCCCCAAUUUUUGCUGUCAAGCUAGCUGAUACUGAGUUAUUAGAAAACACUCAUGCUAGAUUUAUGAUUGAGAUAAAAGCAAAUCCAUUGCCUAAAUUGAGAUUUUUCAAAGGAGAUAAAGAAAUAUCUGACGAAGACAAAAGAAUACAAAUAUUAGAAGUAAAUAAAGAAAAAGGACUCUAUGAAAUUGUUCUACCCAAUGUAAAACCUGAAGAUGCAGGAGAAUAUCGAGUGAUUGCUAGUAAUAAAUACUCCGAAGAGUCGUGUUCUUGUCAUGUUACAGUUACAAAUGAAAAAGACUUAUGGGCUGGAAUGCAAACAAUAGUACCUGAUGGUACUCCACAUUUUACUUGGUUGAAAAAUGGAAAGCCAUUUAACCCAGAAGAACGAUUUAAAGUAUUAUUCAAGGAUGAUGAGGAUUCAUUAGCCUUAGUGUUCCAAAAUGUAAAACCAGAAGAUGCUGGUUUAUAUACUUGUAUUGCCUCUACUUGUCAUGGAAAGAUAUCAUGUAGCGCUGAGCUUAGUGUCCAAGGUGUUGUGAAAGAACUAAAUUUGCCAUAUGCUCCGAAAGUAACUACUGACGUGAAAGAAUUUGAAACCAAAAUCCAAAGCACAGCCAUCUUAGAGGCUAAAGUAAUUGGUGAUCCAUUACCAGAUAUAUUUUGGUUUAAAAACGAUGAAGAAAUACAAGAAAAUGAACGAAUAAAAUGCAUGUUCGAAGAUGACAUUGCAGCUAUUGUGAUAAAAAAUGUUGAGGUUGAAGAUGAAGGAGAAUAUAAAGUAUUUGCCAAAAAUGAAUUAGGAUCUGACACCGAAACAAUUAACCUAUUGAUUAAAGCCGCUCCAAAGUUCAAAAAAAAUUUGAUUGACUAUGAAGGUGUUACUGGAACAGAAAUAACAUUAACAGUUGAGAUUGAAGCAUCUCCAAAACCAAUAGUACAAUGGUAUAAAGACAGUAAAGUUAUAAAGAAAUCGAAUAGAAUAAAAUAUGUCACUGAUGAAGUAUCAGGAGUCUAUACUUUAAUUAUUCAAGAUUGUAAAAUGGAAGAUGUAGGUUUAUAUUCAGUAGUCGCAUCUAAUCAAUUUAGUCAAAUAUCUGAUGCUUGUCGAAUUAAUCUUCAAAUGCCUCCCCAAUUUAUCGGUGCCUUAGCAAAAGAGGUAGAAACUUUGGAAGGUGAUUAUGUAUCCUUGAGUGUUAGAGUAGAGGGAGACCCACCACCACAAGUAAAAUGGUACUUUGAAGACAAAUUGUUAAUUGCUGAUAAAACACAUAUCAAAAUUAACGCCGUAGAAGACGUUCAUACUCUUUUAAUUAGUAAUCUUACGAGGGAAGAUUCAGGCAAAUAUACGUGUGAGAUAAGCAACGAAUUUGGAAAAAAUACAAGUGAAGGAAAAUUGUUAGUCAAAUGUCCACCGAUUUUCGAAACGCCUUUAACUGAUACAAAAGCAGUUGAAGGGGAUACAAAUGUAGAAUUUACUGUAAAAUUGAAUUCCUAUCCUAAAUCAUCAAUUCAAUGGUUCCAUGAGGAAGAAGAAAUAACAGAAACAACUACAGAAUUCACUUGUUUCGAAGAUGGAGAUAAUUUCAAGCUAAUUAUAAAAGAAGCAAAAACUAAAUUAGCUGGCACAUAUAAAUGUAGAGCAACAAACGAAAUUGGAACUUAUGAUUCAGAAGCCACUCUAACAGUUAUGUCACAACCUACAUUUAAAAAAGGAUUAAGGGACAUGGAAGUAACGGAAGGCGGAAUGCUUAAACUACAAGUGACUUGUUACGGAAGCCCUAUUCCCGAAAUUAAAUGGUUUAAAGAUGGCAAAGAAGUACGUAGUGAUGCUCACAUCAAAAUAUCAAAAGACAAAAAAAGGGUGGAAAAUUUUAGUCUCACUGUCAAUCUUGUAAAAGUAGAAGAUGGUGGAGAAUACGAAGUUAGAGCCACUAACGAAAUGGGGACAGCUAUAACUAAGAGUAUAGUAAAUAUUCUAGCGAAACAUUCAACUGAUUUCAAAGAUGAUGAUAAUGAAUCAGCUAAAAAUAAAAAUGAGGAUAUUGAAGAAAAUGUAGAUAAAAAAGAAAAAGUGAUAUUGCCAAUCAAAAUCAACAGAAUGGAUAGCACCAGGAAAAGAUUAGUGGAAAUAAAUGUGGAAGAAGAUAGAAAAAUUGGUAUUUCAUCAAUAACUAAUAUAGAUGGUGAUAGAUCUAUCAAAACCGAAGAAAGUUUAGUAAUAAUGAGCAGCCAGUCAGGAGAAUUUAGUUGCGUGGAAAUGAGUUGGGAAGAAUCUUCUACUAAAUGUAAAAAUUAUUAUGGAAUUGUAGAGGAGCCUAGGGAUGAACGAAUUAUACCAAUUAAAAUAGAUAGAAGUAUAUCAAUUCACACAGCUUCUGACGAAGAAGAAGAACCAUUUUGGGUUGUUGAAAGCGUUAAAAAACACGAAGAAGUAAGAAAUGAGAUUAAAAAAAUGAAAGAAAAUAAAAACAUUCAAGCGGCAUUAGGAGAUGGUUAUGACGAAGACGACGAUAAUUCUUUAAUAGAAUUACUAAAACGAGUACAAAAACAGCGAAAUGAUUUAGAAGAUAUAUUGGAAAAGGAAAACCACAAUAUGAAUAAAUUUGAGAUGGAUCGUUCGGACAAUAUACUAUCACGAAGCAAUAGUAUGUUAAGUGAAUCAUCUACAUUAAAAGCAAGAUCAGUUUCAAGGUUAUCAUCUUUAGAAGAGAAUAUAAAGAUGGAUGGUCUAUCUGAAAAUUUGGUAAAUGAAAUAAUUUCAAAUAAUUCAAAUACUUGUACAAAAAAUAAUAAAGAAACCUCAUCAAUCACGGAUAAUAUUUCAAAAGAACUUAUUAGUAAUACAAUCCAUAAUUUAGAUGAACCAAAAAAAGUUAUUUUGUCUACUGACACAUUAGGAAAAUCCUGUGAACAUUUGGAUGAAACAUAUUCCAAACACGGAGAAGGAUUUCUGAAUACUGCUGAUAGAAAUUCAAUAUCAAGACUGUCUUCUAUAGAAGAAUGUGAUAACUCUCUUUCAUCUCGAAAAAAUAUAAAAGAGUUUUCUGAAAUACCAAAGAGACCAUCCUUAUCAAGAUUGCCUUCUACUGAGCAUAAAAAACAGGAUACUACACUAGAAAAAUCUAUUGCUCCUAUUAUUAAACAAGAUGAAUCAAAUAAAGAUUCAAUUUCCAAAUCAUUCCCUCGAUAUACAACAGAAGAGAGUGAAAAUAAAUUAACUACAAUUAAUAAUACACUUGACGAUAAAUUCAAAUCAAUAUCGGAGCAAAAUUUAAAUGAGUCAAUUCAUUUUUCGGGUAGACAUGAUUAUUUAAACAAUAUAAAUAAUAAGCCAAAAAGUAAUUACACAAAGGCUUCGGAUAAUGAUGAGUCCCUGCAACAUAGUCCCAUACAUAUGUAUAAUACCGAUGAAGCUGACUUUCGUAGAAAAUCAUUAAUAAGACAAUCUAGUAUCAUAAGUGAUGCUCUUAGUGCGAUGUGUACUGAAAUUUCCGAGGAUAAUAAACAAAAUAAACAAAAAAGACCUUCUUUUAAAGAAGAUAAUACAUAUUAUAACACUACUUUAAAAGAAAAAACUGAAAACGAUUUAUCGACACCUUUAAUGAAACCUGCAAAUUCUAAAAAAUAUCCACUGUUUGAUGAAGCUGAAAUAACAGACUAUUUAGUUAAAAAAUGUAGCAUUUCAAAAAUUGGGGAUGAUGAAAAUAUCACUAAAUUGGAAAAUAAUUUAACACCUAAAUUAGAUGUUGACGAUGCAUCCGAAAUUAAUAAUGAGUCAUUUGACUUAUUACCAUCGAAACAAAAAUCUGAUAUAUCAAAUACUGAACCAUUGGGAAAAUCUUUACACUUGGAGUUAAAUCAACAACAAUUAAAAGAUUUAACCACUAAAAAGGUAGAUUCUGAUCUUUUAAAUGGAACUUUGAAUAAUAACUCACAUAUUUCAAAUGAUUGUAUUCCUCAUUCUACGUCAAACAGUGAAAAUAAAAUGUCUCUGUUAGAUAAAGAUAAUAAUUUAAAUAAUGAACAGCGCCCAAUAUCUGAACCUUUGCCAAAAGAUAAUAUCUUAGAUAUCAUUUUACCUAAGAAAUCUAUUCCAUCAAGUAAUAAUGAAAAUUCUGUGAAUGAUUUGCAACCUUAUGAUUCAACAAAUGCCAUAAAAAACUUAAAAAUUCCGAUCAAUAAAAAUAGCAUCAAUAAAGAAGAUGAUAUGGUUCAUAAACCUAUUUUGAGUUUAUCAGAUAAAGAAAAUGGUAAAAAGUUACCACUUGGAACGCAUCAAAAAGAAGGUAUUGAAUGCAGUACAUAUAAUAACAACAUGGAUAUAUCACCUGGUGAUUCUCUUUCAUUAACAAAAGAAAUAACAGAUACCAACAUUCUAAAUAUGCCAUUAAAAAAACAUUUAAUUAAUAAAGAAAACAAUUAUUUAAAUGACACAAAAACUGUGAGUAGCAUAGAAAAAGUUGAUAAAUCAGUUAAAGAUCAUUCUCAAGACAAUACAAAUAAAGAAAAUGAAAAUAUAUCGAUAUCGAAAACCCCAAAUACACCAAAAGAAGAAAACUAUGAUAUGCCAAGAAGUGGAGUAAAACAAAUAGGAGUGCCUCCAAAAAUUAUAUCUGGUAUGGAUGAUGAUGAAACGUAUGAAUCACUUACAAAAGUAUUUAAUGUCAAAGCUCGUGGUGCUCCUAAACCAAAAGUUCAAUGGUUUAAAGAUGGUGAUGAACUAUCAAAUACUAGAAAUAUCCAAAUUAAUGAUUCCGACGAAGAUGAAUCAUUUAAAUUAACUAUUCAAGAUUUAAGAGUGGCUGAUUCUGGUUCAUAUUGCUGUAAACUAACUAAUGAAGUAGGAGAAGACGUGCAAUCAGCAAAACUCAACGUGCAAGAUGUAGAGUUGCUUCGUGGUCCCAAAAUAAGAAAACCACUAACUGAUUUAGAAGUUAAAAAAGGUCAAAAGGUUGUAUGGUCGAUAACGCUCAUAGCUGAUCCGAUUCCUGAUGUUGAAUGGACUUGUGAUGGAAAAAAUGUCAAUGCUGACUUUACUGUUGAUUCAUUUGAAAUAGCUAAUGGCCUUAAGGAAUGUACUUUUACAAUGACUAUUCCAUCUUCUGAACUUAGUGAUACCGGUAUUUACCGAGUGAAAGCGACUAAUAAGUUUGAUUCUGCUGAAUGUAGCGCUCGUUUAGAUAUAGUUAUGCAACCUCAAAUAGAAGGUUUCCAUGACAUCACUGUAAUACCCUCGAUGGAAGCGGUAUUUGAAGCAAUUAUUCACGCUGUACCGAAACCAAAAAUAGUGUGGACAAUAAAUGGAAAAGAUUUAUCAGAACGAGAAUUUGUUAACCUCACAAGUGAAGAAUUAGAUAAUGAUAUAACAAAGUUCAAGAUAGUUAUUGGAGAUGUGAAUCCAGAAGAGGAAGGUGAAUAUGUAGUUAAAGCUUGGAAUAAAGUGGGUGAAACUACCGCCAUAGCUAACCUUAAACUUCACACUGAGACUCCUUCAUUUGUUAAAUUAAUGGAAGAUUUAACAAUACAAGAAUAUGAAGAAGUUCAGCUAUCUGUACGAGUUAAUGGAAUUCCAAAACCGAAAAUCACUUGGUUUAAAAAUGGGGAGGUCGUAAUACCUGACUUAAGAAUCAGUAUACAUACAAAUGAAGAAGGUCAAAUUAAAAGUACUCUUACUAUAGACCAUUUCAGUGGUUUAGAUAUUGCAAACUUCUCAGUUAAAGCUGUAAAUAUGAUGGGUGAAGCUGAAACAUCAUCAACUUUAACUAUGGCAGAAAUAAUGCCCUCGUUUGUAAAACCAUUGGACCGGAUAACAGAAGCUGUUGAAGGAUCUCCAAUUGAAAUUCAAACACAACUUAUUGGAAGCCCUCGUCCUCAUGUUGUAUGGUAUAAAGAUGGCGAAGAGCUUAAAAAUAUGGAAGAAAAUAAUACUGAUGAUGAACAACAACAUAUUACCCUAGAAGCAAAUCCAAAUGGAACUAUUUUGAUGAAAAUUGAUAAAGUUGAACAAGGAGAUUGUGGUGCAUAUAAAAUUAUUGCGACUAAUAAUUUUGGUACAAGUGCUACUAAUACUGCAUUGGUAGUAAAUGAAUUACCGAAAAAGCCAGUAAUAAUUAAACACCCAAAUCAAGUGGACGCCAACGAGGGUGAAAUUUUAAAAAUAGAAGCUCAAUACGUAGCCUAUCCAGAUGCUAUUGUAAAAUGGUAUAAAGCAGAGCAUGUAUUACAUCCUUGUCCUCAGAUUGAUUUUGUCAUGGGUCCCAACGGCAAUAUUGCUCUAGUAAUUGAAAAAGCAACGCUUGAUGAUGCUGGUGACUAUAAAAUCGUUGUAUCAAAUGAACUGGGUAAAGCUGCUGGUCAAAUACAAGUCAAAGUAAAACCGGCAGCUACAGUACCAGCUUUUAUCAUGCCUUUAAGAGAUUCUAAAGUAGUAGAAGGAUUUCCUGCAAAAUUACCCUUUAGGUUAUCUGGAUUUCCGCUUCCAGAAAUGGCAUGGACAAUCAAUGAUACGCCAUUGGUCGUGGAUGGAGAAAAUAUCAAAAUGGCACAUGAACCUGAUGGUCUCCAUUACUUGUUAAUUGAAAAAGCUGGUCCGGAACAUGCAGGCAAGCUUGCAAUAAUUGCUUCAAAUGAUAAUGGAACUACUACAUCAGAAGCCAAACUUUCGGUAACUUCAAAAAUAAACACUGAUUCAUUAGAAUCUAAACCAGAAUUCCUUCAUGGACUUAAAGAUACCACAGUAGAGGAAAGCAAUACAUUGACGUUAUUAGCUCCAUUCCUUGGUAAUCCUAUACCAGACGUUAAGUGGGAAAAAGACGGAAAAGUAUUGCAGCCAUGUAAUAAAGUUCACUUUACCUGUGAUGGUUAUAAAGUUGGACUUGAAGUACUUGAUACCAACACAGGAGAUGCUGGACAGUAUACUUGCACUCUAACAAAUAAAUUAGGAUCUUCCAAAUCAGACUGUCAAGUUGGAAUUCGUAAACUUUAUCAAGCUCCUGUUUUCACGCAACGUUUUUCACAUAACCAACAGUUGCUUUCAAGAGACGCUAAAUUCCAUGCUCGUGUCACCGGAGUUCCAUCUCCAAAUAUUAUAUGGCAUAAAAAUGGCCAUCAAUUAAUGAAUGGGGAUAAGUACAAAUUAAAACGUGAUGGGGAAGUUUGUAGUCUAACUAUAAAGGAUGUCAAUAGUGAUGACGCGGGACUAUACAGCUGUAUUGCAACCAACAGAGAUGGAACAGCUACGUGCGAAGCACAACUUUCAAUUGCCCCAAGAAUUGUUGAUGAAUCUAGGAAACAAGAACCACCGUCCUUUAUGAAGAAAAUUGGUGAUUGUGAAGUCUUUGAUGGAAUGACAGCUAAAUUUACUGCAUGUGCUACUGGAUGGCCAGAGCCUGAAUAUGAGUGGUUCUUAGACACUAAUAGAUUAUAUGAAACUGAAAGGAUUAGAAUGGAAAAAGAAGGUUCUGGUUUGAUGCGAUUAAAAAUAUUACAUGCUGAUUCAAUUAUUGAUUCGGGUCGAUACAAAUUACGAAUCUAUAACCCUCACGGAGAAGCAUACUGUGAAGCAAGCAUUAUAUUUGACAAUGGUUUGGAUUCACGUUCAAAACGUCCCGUCGGUGAACUUUACAAAGACUUUGACCGAUAUCGUGCAACUGGAGCACCACUACCAUUACCUGACCCUCCUACAAUUACCCGAAUGACUGAUAAAAGACUUACUCUUUCAUGGAAACCUUCAUUACCAAUCACGCCAAGGACUCCAGUGACAUAUUUAGUAGAAAUGGAAGAACAACCAAAAGGCGAAUGGACUACAGUGAGAGCUGGUAUUCGAGGUUGUGCCUGCGAUAUACAUAGUUUAAUACCAUUUAGAGAUUAUAAGUUCCGAGUAAGAGUUGAAAAUAACUAUGGAAUUAGUGAUCCUUCACCAUUUGUCUUGACAUACAGAGAAAAGUUAGAACCAGAGCCACCUAAAUUUACACCUUAUCUACCAAUUGGAACUGACUUUAAGCCAGAAUCAUCACCUUAUUUCCCAAGAGAUUUUGAUAUUGAAAGACCUCCUCAUGAUAACUAUGCACAAGCACCGAGAUUUUUACAUCAAGAACACGAUACACAAUAUGGUGUUAAAGGUCAUAAUGCAAAUUUAUAUUGGUUUGUUUACGGAUAUCCAAAACCAAAAAUGCAAUAUUAUUUUGAUAGUCAGUUAAUAGAAAUGGGUGGUCGUUACGAUUCGAGUUAUACUCGAAAUGGCCAAGCUACAUUAUUUAUUAAUAAGAUGUUGGAUCGAGAUAUAGGAACAUAUGAAGCUGUUGCUACAAAUGAACAUGGAACAGCUAGACAAAGAGUUAGAUUGCAAAUUGCUGAAUAUCCUAAGUUCUUAAAACGGCCCGAAGAAAAGUAUGUAAUUUUACGUAAAAAUUGUAAAUUAGAAGCUAGAGUUAUUGGUGUUCCGUAUCCAGAAAUAAAAUGGUUUAAAGAUUGGAAACCCUUGGUUGAUUCUGCUAGAAUUCAAAUUGAACAAGUAGAACCAGACGUUUGUAUACUGCGUAUCGAAGAUGUUAUCAUGAAAGACGAAGGGUUAUAUAGUAUUAGUGCUCGUAAUUUAGCUGGAUCAAUAUCUACAUCAGUGGCUAUACAUGUUGAGGACCGGGAAUCUGAUUAUUCAUACAAUGGUAAAACAGACAUAAAAUGGAAGAAAAAAGAUUUUUCAGAUUUAUAUGAUAUUGGAGACGAGUUGGGACGCGGUACACAGGGUGUUGUGUACCACGCAGUUGAAAGGUCGACGGGUAGAAAUUACGCUGCUAAGGUUAUGAAUGCAAAAGGAGAUCAUUUGACGAAACUAAUGGACAACGAGCUAAAGAUAAUGACUGAUUUGAGUAAUAGACGAAUUAUUCGUAUUCAUGAUGCAUUACAGACUUCCAGAACAUACACUCUAAUCACAGAACUUGCUGGAGGUGGUGAGCUUUUGGAUGUUCUAACCAAACAUUCUUUCCUCACAGAAUAUGAUAUAGCUUUAUACAUAAUUCAACUACUGAAAGCUUUAAAGCACAUGCACGAUUUUGAAAUUGCCCAUUUGGGACUGACUCCUGGAGAUUUACUAAUAUCUCACCCAGGAGGCGAUACAUUAAAGUUAUGUGAUUUUGGACUAAGCAGAAAAAUCAAUAGAAGAAAAUUAGAACCAGUUGACUAUGGUAUGCCAGAGUUUAUUUCUCCGGAAAUAGCUAAAGGAGAAGGCGUUGACCUUUCAUCCGAUAUGUGGUCAGUUGGAGUGAUAACUCAUUUACUUUUAACUGGGGUGUCAUUAUUCCGUUGUGUAAACGAUGCUGAUACUUUGGAUCGAGUUAAAAGUGGUUCCUAUACACUUAGUACCAAAAUUAGCGAUCUAGCUAGAGACUUUAUCUCAAAACUGUUAGUAUUCAACUCUAAUGAUCGUUUGGAUGUUAUAAGUGCUCUUCAACAUCCCUGGUUACAAUUUGGUGAAGAUAUACCCGCAGGAACUAGUCAAAUAAACACAGAUUCUCUUCGAAAUUAUUACAACAACUUGAAAGAUUGGUAUAGUAACGCGUCUUCUAGAAAUUGGUAUAGACGUCGUCCAUUAUCUUCUGCAUACACUCAUCCAUCAAAAAUGAUUUAUCCACCUGGUUUCACUUGCACUCCUAGCCCUACUCCAGAACCAGAAAUAAAGCCACCAAAGAAACACGUGCCGUCAUGGAAAGAUAAACUUCCAUCCAAAGAGCCAAUAGAUACAGAAAUAGGGAUAAUUAAAUCAGAGAGUCACUAUCAAUAUGGUCCCGAUACAUAUUUGCUACAACUAAGAGACACAAACUUCCCAGUGCGUUUAAGGGAAUAUAUGAAAGUUGCAGGUAAAAGUUUAACACAUAGAGGAGGAAGUGAUUCACAUUUAGACUGGGAGGCUCCAGUUAUUCGUGAAAGAAGAAAAUUUACAGAUAUCAUGGAUGAAGAAAUUGAAGAUGAACAAAAAGCGAGGAUCAGUAAAUAUGGUGCUGACAUAUACACAUUAAGGAGACUUAAACAAGAAAUAGGUUCUAGACCAACUGCUCAUGUAGAAGCAGAAGCAAUUUUAGAAUCAAGAAUUGAUGGACAGCCGCCAUUCUUUAGAGAAAAGCCACAAAAAUUACCCAUUGAACCAGAUAAGCCAGCUGAUCUUAUGUGUUUAGCUGUGGGAGUACCAAAACCAUUAGUUCAGUGGUUCAAAAAUGAUAUAGUUUUAACUGAAAGUCAUAGAAUAAAAAUGUUAGAGGACAAUGAUGGAAGAUCAAUUCUCAGAUUAGAUCCAGCAACCGAGUUGGAUCUAGGUAUAUAUAAAGUUGUGGCGAGAAAUAAAUUUGGACAAACAACAGCAAGAGCUCGGCUCGUUUUAGCACAUGAACCUGGACCUAUGGAAGCCCCAAUAGUGAAGGAAUAUUCUGAUACUGAAAUUUUAUUACGGUGGGACCAUCCAAAACUGGAUGGAAAUUCUCCAAUAUUAUGCUAUCAAUUGGAAGUACGAGAAAAUGAAAGUGAAUGGGAACUGGUGGCUAAAAAUAUUGAUCACGAAUUUUGGCUAAUGCAAAACCUUCGACCUUACACAAAUUAUGAAUUCAGAUUAGCAGCAAUGAACUAUAUUGCUUGGGGUCCAACUGGACCAUCUUCACCAAUGGUUCGAACACAUUUCCCCGAUGCGCAAAAAUUGGAAGUUCCAUCGGCGAUGUUAAAUUUACAGAUAAUAACUGAAAGUGGACGAGAAAUCAUUGGUGACGAGCCUCGUAAUAAUUUAGAUUAUUCACUUGAGUAUAAACCAAUAGAUUGGGCUGAGCAGCCUCCUAUCGAAAAAUAUCGUUUUAUUUCUGAAAUUGCAAGAGGGCGAUUCUCCGUCAUACUUAAAGGAAUAAAUACAUCAAAUGAUUCAAUUGUUGUAGCGAAAUUAUUGGAGAUUACACCGGACACUGAAUCACGAGUUACACACGAAUUUAAUGUCCUUAAAUCAUUAAAACACGAAAGAAUAGCAUACCUCUAUGAGGCUUUUAAGCUAGAAAAUGCACCUGUUGCUGUUUUUAUUCAAGAGAAAUUACAAGGAGCAGAUAUACUGACUUACUUAUCAACAAAAGAACAUUAUUCGGAACAAACCGUAGCUACAAUCGUCGCUCAAGUAUUAGACGGAUUGCAAUAUUUACACUGGCGAGGAUAUGCCCAUUUGGAUUUGCAACCGGACAACAUAGUGAUGGCUUCUGUGCGGACCAUACACGUCAAACUGAUCGACUUUGGAUGCGCGCAGAAAGUCAGUAAGCUAGGAGCAGUUGUUGGGGCAAAUAGCGUCUUGGAGUUCACAGCGCCGGAGAUUUUGUGCGAUGAACCUGCGUACCCAUACUCCGAUAUUUGGUCUCUCGGAGUGAUUGCAUACACUCUGUUAUCUGGCAUGUCUCCGUUCCGAGGAUCUAACGACACGGAGACCAGGCAAAACAUUACAUUUGUCCGAUAUAGGUUUGAAUAUCUGUACAAGGACUUAUCGCAAGAAGCCACCAGAUUUUUAAUGUUGUUAUUUAAAAGGACACCAACUAAACGGCCAUCAGCAGAAGAAUGCCACGAACAUAGAUGGCUAUUACCAACUGAAUAUAUGAUUAAGAAAAGAGAAAAAACCAUGUUUAAUUCUUACAAAUUACAGCAUUUUGCCAAAGAAUAUCAUGAAAACCGGACCAAAUUGGCAACUUCGUCGCCAAAAUUGUUGGGAGCCUUAGGAACAAGGCAAAUUGGACUUGGUCGAUCAAAUAGCGUAGUUGAUGAACUGCUUAUCUUCAAAUAAAUGUAGCAGAAACGACUUCACCAAUUUAAUAUAAAGUUAAUUUUAAAUCUGUUAUUAUAUCAGAAACAUUACAAUGUUAUUAUGUUAUAUUAUAUUAUUAUCAAUGUAAUUGUACAUGUCU